CUUCUACCGUACACCACCAACCCAUACCGCGCGAAGCAACAACUCGACGUCAACAAGCAUUUUUGAUACAAAGACGAAACCACAGCUUCUCUGCCCCUCCUACAUUUCAGUAUCACUCCAAUUCAACUCCAGACCAAAACACCAUCGUCAUGACUUCAGCGGAUGCAAAGAUUCAGGAGCUUCUCACGAAGCCGCGCAAUGAGCUUACUGAAUACGAAGUUUCUCUCCUCGAAGAGCACGAGUUCUCCGCCGGUCCUCUGUCCAUCCUUCAGACCGCCGUUCGCAGCCACUCCCAGGUCCUCAUUUCCGUCCGCAAUGGGCGCAAGAUCCUUGCGCGCGUCAAGGCUUUCGAUCGCCACAUGAACAUGGUGCUGGAGAACGUCAAGGAGAUGUGGACCGAGACGCCCCGACUGGCCAAUGGCAAGAAGGGCAAGCCCGUAAACAAGGACAGGUUUAUCAGCAAGAUGUUCUUGAGAGGCGAUUCCGUCAUCCUUGUCCUCCUAAGCUAGUUUACGAAUAGCACGGCAAAAUCUUUAGGUUGGAGGUUUAUUUCACUUGCACGGCGAAGAUACGCGCCAGCACAACUUAGGGUUAAUGGUUCGAAUGGAGUGGAAAUCGAGACCGGGAAGGUACCUAUUGUUGGUCGACCGAAUCGAGAGGCAUGCGGACUAUAUCACCUUACUACUACUCAACCGCUCGAUCGACCAUGAUGACGACACAACCACGAAAGCAACUCAAAACGCCCCGUGAAAAGGCGCCGCGCAGGAACGAGAGGAAAGAAGAGAAACCCAAGCAGAUUUUCAGGGGCUAUUAGGAAGGUCAUACAAAGGGAAAACUAGUGUGAGCUCGGCGUUCAAACGUGUAUUUGGUUUUGUUUAACUCUUUAUCUUUCAUUUCUGGUAAC